CUCCGGUUUUGAUUUUAAGGUCGUUUAGGACAAGGUUUAGCAUACCAAGGUAUAAUUAAUUUGCAUCUAUUCUUCCAUGUUUGCCCUUAUUAAAUAUACCUCGUAGUCGUUUCAAUACAACUCUUCUCUUCACCCGAGUGGCUAUUGCAUGUGAUCUAGAGUCUUGAGGUUGCAGGUUCGAUUCUUGAGUUGUGUCGGUUUUUUGCGAUUUUUGGCGUUUUUGCAUGACGUUGUGGACGCGUGGGCUGGUAAUUUGCAUGGCGCCUGUGCAUGGCGCAGCGCGCGCUGGUAAUUUGCAAUUUUGCAUGGCGCUCUUUUUUUCUCCGGUUCCCUCGCGUUGGUUGCAUUGGCGCUCUUUUUUUGUUGCAUGGCGCUCCUUUUUCUCAGGUUCCCUCGCGCUGGUUGCAUUGGCGCACUUUUUUUCUUUUGCAUGGCGCAAUGCCGGUCUGUCGCCUCAGUUGCCUCCUGAACAGUCUAUUUAAGCGCACAACAGCCCAACAGAGCACCUUGCACCCAAAUGAACCUAGCACGCAAAUGACAUCGGUAAUAAACCUUGAUCCUCUGUCUUUGGAAAACAGCAUCGGAUUUGAUUUAAACAUGGAGGCACAAGAUGAUGGUUUCAUCGAUUUGAACUUGCCACUAGAUGAAUAUGGUGCCAUCGAUUUUGAGGCACCCCAAUACGGUGGAUUUAAUCUUAACUUCGAUGGCAAUCAUGUGAUGGACUUGAUUGAUGAAACAAGUGAUGGUAGUGAUGGAUUAGAGAUGGAGGCACCAGAGCUAGGUGCUAGUAGAAAGAAAGAUGCUACUGAUGAAGUUAGGAAACUAAUUUACCAAACUUUAUUAGCAAGAAGUAACAAUGGGAGGUUAGGGAAGGGAGUUACAAGAGAGGUUGCAUCUCAAUUUGGUUUGCAUAUUCGUACUGUUCAGAAGAUUUGGAAGAGAGGAAAAGAGUCACUAGCUCAAGGCAUUGUGAUCAAUGUAACAAGUAGAAAGAGAGGUCGUUCAGGCCGUAAGGAAACUCCUAUUGAUUUGGAAUCUUUACGCAAUAUUCCUCUUAAUGAAAGAAUGACUUUAGAAACUGUGAGUAGGCGCCUCCAUAUUGGCAAGGCAAAGUUGAUUCGGUGCAUGCGUAAAGGGCUUCUUAGGCGCCAUUCAAACAGCAUCAAACCUUACCUAACCGAAGCAAACAAGAAGGCAAGGUUGCAGUGGUGUGUUGAUAUGCUUGAUCCGGACAGCACACCUAAUGAUCCAUGUUUCAAAGAUUUAUUUGAUCAUGUAUUCAUCGAUGAGAAGUGGUUUUUCCUUACACAAAAUUCUGCAAAAUAUUACUUGCUGCCUGAGGAAGAUGAUCCACAUCGUUCUAGUAAAAGUAAGAACUACAUUCCACGCCUAAUGUUUUUGGUUGUAUCAGCUCGGCCAAGGUUUCAUAAUGGAGUUUGUAUUUUUGAUGGAAAAAUUGGAUCAUUCCCUCUUGUGACUUAUGAACAAGCUAAGAGGAGGAGUGUGAAUCGGGAAGCUGGAACAUGGGAAGUUAAACCAAUUGCUCACAUCACAAGAGAUGUGAUUAGGGAGUUCAUGAUUGAGAGGGUGCUGCCGGCUAUUAGAGAAAAAUGGCCAAUGGAGGAUAUUCACAAACCGAUCUACAUUGUUCAGGACAAUGCACCAUCUCAUUUAGAGGUUGAUGACCAUUUAUUUUGUGAAGCUGCUAGGCAAGAUGGAUUUGAUAUUAGACUUAUUUGUCAACCUCCAAAUUCUCCGGACUUCAAUAUAUUAGAUUUGGGCUUCUUUCGUGCAAUUCAAGCCAUUCAAUAUCGGAAAUCAGCAAGAACAGUCCAAGAACUUGUUCCCAUUGUGCAAGAGGCUUUCAAUGAGUAUUGUCCAGAGAAGGCUAAUAGAAUUUGGCUCACAUUGCAUCUAGUUAUGAAGGAAGCUAUGAAGGUUGCUGGAGCGAAUAAAUAUAAAAUCCCUCACAUAAACAAAGAAAGACUAGAGACACUAGGACAGCUUCCAUUGCAAAUUGCUUGUGAGGCAACCAUAGUUGACCAGGCAAAGGCAAUUCUCGCUGCAGCAAACAAUUAGGAGAAGAAGAUUAGAACUAGGCAAUGACUAGGGUUAGUUCAUGGGACAUGUAACAAUUUCUGUACUUACCCUAUGUAUCAGUCUUGUUUGCCUCUUGUUCCUUUAACUCUUGCAUCUUUGGACUGAGUUCAUCCACCUGCUUCUGGACAUGGUCUGGUAAAAUGAUUGUCUCUCCGUCCAUUUGAAGCUCAUUGACAUUGGGAAUGUAUAGCUCACAAUCGAAUUUGUCAAAGCCGUCUAUGAUCCA